AUGGCAGCACUCCCUGUGUGGGUGGUCAAAAAGCAUGGUGACUCGUUAGCUGGUUGCAUAUUUUCAGUUGUGCAACUGGUAGUAGGUUCACCUAGAUGUGGUUUUCGCGACUACAUCUUGUAUAAUGGGCUAAUUGGUCAAUCGCCUAAAUUGGCCCUUCAGUAUCUCAUGACGAUGUCCGGGUGCACCGAUGCUGAAGGAUCACAUCAACUUGAUUCAAAACGUGCUGUGCAUUCAUGCCGAAAAAAUGUACCCGGCACAUCAUUCGUCUCAGAUUUGAGAGAUCACAUGCACGAGUUCAUCAAUGCCUCUGCAGAUGAACACAGGGCAUGCUUCACAAAGACUAUCAAGAAGAUGUUCGGGAUGUCGAAGAUUGCCGCACAGAGAUGGUCCGAAGCAGAGGAAACUGGACCCUCAAGUGUCUUGCCACUACAGACCACCGGGUCGCGGUAG